GACAUUUGACAAUUUGGAGUAGUUUACACAGCAACACAAUUUUCUGCAUUUUGGGAUUUUUUUAUUCCCAUAAACUUGAAAACUACGCAAUAAUGACUGAUGCAAUAGCAACAGAGGACGACAUAAAAAGUGAUAUUGAUCUUGUUCAAAAAGCAACAUGGGAACAUGAAGAACUUGCCCAGGUGCGCAUUAAAGUUAUUAAAGCCCACAAUGCAGCAGUUAACAGCUGUGAAUUUUUUGACGACGAUGAGAAGAUUCUCACUGGGUCCAGUGACCGUACAGUAAAGCUGUUUAAUACUGAAGAUGGAGUCUGUUUAAAGACGUACAACACAAAACAUACUGAUAUCAUCACAGAGGCUAGAGGUUGCACAGAGGGAUCAAAGUUUGUAACUAGCAGUUAUGAUAAGUCCAUACAGAUGUUUGAUAUAGAAACAGGAAAAAAUUUGGUAUGA